AUGAGGGAUGCAGCGCUUCUGCCCCAAAGUUCUGAUGGGGAGACCCUCGUAGAGGGUCCGGCGGGCUCGGACGUGGGACAAGGACACCAGCCGGGCACAUCUGGGACAGCAGUGGCACCCUCGCUUCCACCCCUGCCCCCCAAGGGGGCGGGCGGUACAGGCACGGCAGCCAGCCGGGGACUGCGCGCUCAGGCGAAUGCACUUCAGUACGAGAAGGCUAGGGGCACGUGUGCUCCUCCUGGUCCAGCACAUGACGUCAGUGGACAGAAGAUGGCAAAGGGCAACAGAGCAGGGCCAAGGUUGGCCCGGCGAAGCGAGACACACCAGGGCGCAGCCCUGGGGAUCAGCAGACAGGACGGACGAGUCACUGAUGGAGGGCAGCCAUGUAGGCCCAUGUGCCAAAGACACAGCAGUGGCACAGACCGGUGGUGGAGGUGGUGUGGCCGCGAGCGACAGCGAGUGGCCCGGAAGCCAUUCCAAAUGAUCCGGAACUGCUUCCGCGUCACACCAUGGGAUCUCACCGCCGGAAGCCUCCAGCAUAGGAGUGGUCCCCUGGGCCCCAGAACGGAUACUUCCCUUCCUGAGCCCAUGGGGCCCCCAUGUUGGGGCUUGCACCCACCACCGCCAACACCCAGAGCCCCAACAACUGGUCAGGGAGAACGUUCUCCCGCUGCAUACUGGCGCCUCCACAGCCCUCACGCGCAACCUGCUGUGCCCAGCUUCACCCCUCGGGGAUUGAGGGCACUUCUCUGCCCGGGAACGCCACCAGCCACGGAGACCAGGGAAUGA